GUGAGUGGUUGCUAGGGGCACCUGGACCGCCCGCUUGCCUAGCAGGCCGGAAGAGGAAGCAGCGCGGAGCUGGCGCCGAGCCGGGCGAAGCUGGGUCCUCUGGGCUAACUGACUUCAAGGAUGCAGCUGCUACUACUGGAGGCGUGUGGCAUCUUACCUGAGCCAGGCCACGAAGCCGUGUGGCCGUGAUGUGGGCCCCUCAUGGCCUCAGCAGGAACAGAGCACUACAGUAUUGGCCUCUGCCGGGGCAACAGCUUCAAGCAGAGUGGUCCCUCAGGCACAGUGCCUGCCCUGCCACCAGAGAAACCCUCUGAGGGCAAAGUCUGGUCUCAGGCCCAUCAGCAGGUGAAGCCAGUCUGGAAGCUGGAGAAGAAGCACGUGGGGUCACUGUCAGCAAGGUUGGGCCCAGGCCUCUUGGGUGUCCCACCGCAGCCAGCAUAUUUCUUUUGUCCCAGCACUUUAUGUAGCUCUGGGACCACAGCUGUCAUUGCAGGCCACAGCAACUCUUGUUUCCUGCAUUCUUUCCCGGACUCAUUCAGCAGUACCUUGCUGUACCGCCGCUCCAACUAUAAGCACAAACCAUACCAGCAGCUGGAGUCUUUCUGCUUGCGUUCAAGCCCACCAGAAAGAAGACAUUUUUCUCUCCUUCAAAAGAGCCUCCCUGUCAAUCUCACUGCCAGUAAGGCCACUUCCUCCACAGUCUUCCCCAUGGCCCAGUCUCUGGCGUCUUCAUCUGCAGACCCAUACCUCUCACUGGCAGCAGCUGGAGAAAGCUCUUCAGGGAACAGCCUGGCCGCUGCUGUCUCAGGGAAGAUCCCAUCUCCACUGUCCUCCCCCUACAAGCCCAUGCUGAAUAACAACUCCUUCAUGCAGCCAAAUAGCACUAAAGUGCCUUUAUCACAGGCCACGGAGGGCCUAAAGCCAGUAUCCUCACCCAAGAUCCAACCUGUCUCCUGGCAUCAUUUGGGGGCUAUUGGAGACUGUGCCCCCCCACCUCUUGACCGUAAGAUGCCCCAAAGCACUGGGACUGUCCUAGAUGAUACCACUGCCCAUAUCACCCUGUCUACCCCUAGCUCCCUUGACACAUUCACCACCAGUGUUGCCUCUUCCCAGUACAACUGGAAUAACUUAGCCACGAGGGCAGAGCCACGUCCCUGUGGCCUGGAUGACAACUCUAAUUCCCAGGCUCCGACUAAAGCGGUUCGGUUCACUGAGGCUGUGAGGCAGUUGACUGCAAGAGGCUUUGAGGAGAUGCCGAGGCAAGCCUACCAAUUUGAACAGUCUCAUUUCGUGAACCCCAGCUUCCAGUGGAACCUCAACAGGAACAAGCGGUGGAAACCUCCUGUGGUAGGCCAGCAGUUUCAUUGGAAGGAUGCUGGAUCAGAGGGUAGGAUCCUCCCUGGUGCCUCAGACACCUUGGGGUUGGACAGUCCAGUCUUCUGCACCAAACGUAUCAGCAUUCACCUCCUUGCCUCACAUGCCAAUGGGUUGAACCACAGCCCUGCCUGUGGGUCACUAAUUGACCCCCCACCACUUGGAGAAGACAAAGCUCCGGUUACCCCUUCUGCCCCUCAGCGCGUAGGCGUAGUUGACAUGGCCACCCGCCUCUCUUCGAUCCAUCUGGGCCAGCCUGGGAAGGACGGGCCUGAGGAAGCCAGGGAGCUGGGCUUACCUUCUAAGGAUAUUGAUUCAACUACUGACAUCCAGCCAGACCAGACUGAGGCUGAAGAUAUAGAAGAAGAACUAGUAGAUGGUUUGGAAGACUGCUGCAGUCAUGAUGAGAAUGAAGAGGAGGAGGGAGACUCAGAGUGCUCCUCAUUUAGUGCUGUCUCCCGCAGCGAGUCAGUGGCAGUGAUCUCUCGGAGCUGUGUGGAGAUUCUGACCAAACCCCUUUCCAAUCAUGAGAAAGUUGUCCGACCAGCCCUCAUCUAUAGUCUCUUCCCCAAUGUGCCCCCUACCAUCUAUUUUGGCACUCGGGAUGAGAGAGUUGAGAAACUUCCCUGGGAGCAGAGGAAACUGCUGCGGUGGAAGAUGAGCACGGUGACCCCCAACAUUGUCAAACAGACCAUUGGACGGUCGCACUUCAAAAUCAGCAAGAGAAAUGAUGACUGGCUGGGCUGCUGGGGUCACCACAUGAAGUCUCCUAGUUUCCGGUCCAUUCGAGAGCAUCAGAAGCUAAACCACUUCCCAGGCUCAUUCCAAAUUGGGAGGAAGGACCGGCUGUGGCGGAAUCUGUCCCGCAUGCAGAGCCGCUUUGGCAAGAAGGAGUUCAGUUUCUUCCCUCAGUCCUUUAUCCUGCCCCAGGAUGCCAAGCUCUUGCGCAAAGCCUGGGAGAGCAGUGGCCGCCAAAAGUGGAUUGUGAAGCCACCAGCAUCAGCUCGAGGCAUUGGUAUCCAGGUCAUUCACAAGUGGAGUCAGCUCCCCAAGCGAAGGCCCCUCCUGGUACAGAGGUAUCUACAUAAACCCUACCUCAUCAGUGGCAGCAAGUUUGAUCUGCGGAUCUAUGUUUACGUCACUUCCUAUGAUCCUCUGCGGAUUUACCUCUUUUCAGAUGGACUCGUCCGCUUUGCCAGUUGCAAGUAUUCCCCUUCCAUGAAGAGCCUUGGCAACAAGUUCAUGCACCUGACCAACUAUAGUGUCAACAAAAAGAAUGCCGAGUACCAGGCCAAUGCGGAUGAAACAGCCUGCCAGGGCCACAAAUGGGCUCUGAAGGCUUUGUGGAACUACUUGAGCCAGAAGGGAGUCAAUAGUGAUGCCAUCUGGGAGAAGAUAAAGGAUGUUGUUGUCAAAACCAUCAUCUCGUCAGAGCCUUACGUGACCAACCUGCUCAAGAUGUAUGUGAGGCGGCCCUAUAGCUGCCAUGAGCUCUUCGGUUUUGACAUCAUGCUGGAUGAGAACCUCAAGCCCUGGGUCCUGGAAGUUAACAUUUCCCCAAGCCUCCACUCCAACUCUCCAUUGGACAUCAGCAUCAAAGGCCAGAUGAUCCGUGACCUUCUGAACCUGGCGGGUUUUGUUCUGCCCAACGCAGAGGAUAUCAAUUCCAGCUCCAGCAGCUCUAACAGCUCCAGCACCAGCCUACCCAGCUCCCCUAGGGACAAAUUUCGAAUGGCUCCGGAGCAUUUCAAUGCACAGAAGAUGAAGAAAGCCUAUUAUCUGACCCAGAAAAUUCCUGAUCAGGAUUUUUAUGCCUCUGUGCUGGAUAUUCUGACACCAGAUGACGUCCGGAUUCUGGUUGAGGUGGAGGAUGAGUUUUCUCGCCGUGGUCAAUUUGAACGAAUUUUUCCAUCUCGAAUCUCUUCUCGCUAUCUCCGCUUUUUUGAGCAGCCACGAUAUUUCAACAUUCUCACCACCCAGUGGGAGCAGAAGUACCAUGGCAACAAGCUCAAAGGAAUAGAUCUGCUUCGGAGUUGGUGCUACAAAGGGUUCCACACAGGCGUUGUCUCUGAUUCUGCUCCGCUGUGGUCUCUCCCAACAUCACUUCUGACUGUCCCAAAGGGUGACAUGAUGCGCAAUGCCUUCAGCAAAUUGGAGACCAGCAAGCUGGGGAAACCCAGUUUCUCAAAGGACACUGAGGACACCAGCAAAGAGCCCAGCCUCUCCACCCAGACGUUACCUGUGAUCAAGGACUCUGGGCGGACUUCAAGGCUUUCUGCUUCCUCUACUUCCCAAUCAACCAGUGACUCUUUUCUGACUUCUGUGAGCCCAUGACUAGCCUCUCUCCACAAGCCCCUGCCGGGGAGCACCAGCAUCAGCUACCUCAUGGGAACCGACCUGCUGACCAGCCUGAAGCCCCUGCCUCCUCCACCUUGUCCCUCAUCAGAGUAUUUUUUGAAGUAGUUGAAUUGCAGAGAUGGAGGGCUGGAGGGAUUGUGGUGCUGGGGAGAAGGUGAGGAAGGUUUACCCCUGUCACCUGUCUGCCUGGCUGGCACCUCAUAAAUCAGCAGAGAAACCAACCAUGGCCACGCAGCCUUAUAAAGCAGGGUUUGGUUUCUACCUUCAGAGAGCCAUGUGUGGUUUGUUGUAGGCCUUGGUGCAGUGGUUGAGUUGUAGCUCAAGAGGAGAAAACAUACUGAACAUAUUUGGGUUCUAAGUCCUUUAUUCUGUAAUUAAGGGGAUUCUUCUGAAGGUUCUCAUUUCCUCAGGUCUCUCCUCACCCCUCCCCCACUCUGACCUGAGGAGCCACUUUCAGAAAUCUGCGGACUUCCUCAGUAGACAGGUAGGAGAGGUUGUCAUCCUAGUCUUGGGGGCUUCGCCCCCUGCAGACCAUCUCUUCUAUCAUGUAUCCACCCAGCCAAUAGCCCUAGGUCUUCGUGUUCUGACCUCACAUCACUACUUGGUUAGCCUUCUAGACUUCUCUGUCAUGGAUGUCACCUCUUCAGCUUUUGGCUUUCUGAGGUUGAGAGGUUCUGUGGACUUAGUGAAUUCCCCAUGGCCCCAGUAAAAGAGGCCAGAUAAUCCCAGUCGCCGUUAUCUAUGUCCAUAUAUCAAAGAACACAACCCAGGGGGAGGGUGGAAGGAGCUGUGGUUUUCCCAAAACACAAAAGAAGUCUUGUGUUCUGCUCUGUGGCAAGCAGGGUUUGGUGGCUUGCCUGGUGGGUUUCAGGAGCAGUCACUAUUGUAGGAUGGGCUUUCAGCCAGACUUCUGGCUACACUCUUGUACUCCGUAAAUCUACCUGCCUGCCUUAGACUCAGUAAACAGUGAGCGUUCAGCAAACGUUGACUGAGUGCACUGCACAUACAGAGAUUUCAAAGACAGAAGCACCUAUACCAGAAAGCUCUACUUCUCCCUCACUUAGGGAAAGUGUUACCCUGGGGAAGCACAAGGUGGGAGAGUUUGGAUUCAGAAGGGUUGUUUUCACUUUAAUUAUGCUCUUUCCUGACCCAGCACUUCCCAGUUGCUGCUUAUUGCUCCUCACCUCCUCAGCCCCUACAAUCCCUUCACUUAGUUUUUCUUGUAGAGGUGCACUUAAGAAGCCCCACAUCUUUGAUUCACAGGUUUUCCCCUUUGUACAUCAGGCAGGCAGCUCAGCUACACCAUCUCAUCCUGGCCUUUAGUUGUUCUCAUUUCCUCUGAACUUUGGAGAGAUAGAGACUCCAAUGCUUCAUAGCCCCUGGAGCUCUGUGGUGAGUUGGGAUGAAUCCCUGGAAAGAUCACUGAGAGGCCUGACUGGGUUCAAGGUCACAGAGUAGGAUUGCUGGCCCAGUCCUAAGGCCAUGUUGACAUUUUGCUUGGUAGUAAAGUCCUGGGCAGCACUUGCUGCUCAAUUAUAGGGACUUUAAAGUCUGGCCAUAAUGGGAGAGGUCCUUGACAGUCCUGUUAAGUCUUUUUUGAUGUAAUCAAAGUGAACUCCCUUGAUGCACUCUUUGAGCACAGAUGUGACCAGGGGAGUAGACAGCCUUCCUGAGAGAAAGCUAGCCACCUGCAGAGCAGCUUUGUUGUGGUUUGUCCUCUGAUGCCAGGGCUUAGGUGUGGAGACCUGUUUGAGCUAGUUUACUCCUUCCUUGGUAACUGACUUCACUUCUUGGGCCUGCCCUCUGAGAAUCUCCAUAUGGCACGACCAGUCUGUUUCUAGCCCUAUAACUGGAGAGGGGACCAGUGUUGCAGCAUGAUGGUGGGAGGAGGACUUAGGAAGGUUAAUGAGCAGUGAAAAUAUAGUGGUCUUAGUAGAUUAAAACAUGGUUAUACACUUUCUUAAUUCUCAUCACAUUUGAGUAUCUGAUAGGUAUAUGUGUUUUGCUGGGUGGGAGAAAGGAAUGGGGCUUGUGUGUCACAUUUACCUUUCACUCCUGAGGGAAAAUUAAAUCAUGCUCAUUAAGCAUUCAGCAUACGUACUUCAGCACUGAAUACCCACAAUAUGAGGUAUUCAGCCAAUAAGGAGUUUUUUGGAGGUAAUGAGAUUUUUUUGGAAAAUUUUAAUUUGGGAGUAUGGUAGAAUAAAUAUUUGUCAGAACAUGUCAGUUGUCUUCCUAAGUUGAUAACUUACCCAGUCCCUAUUUGGAGGAAGGGAAAUGAGUGCUCCUG